AAACUAGUUGGUACGGCAGUAAAGCGUAACUUUAGGCAAAGGAAGAUGGUGCGGUUUGCUGGUCGCACCGAAGAGGGAGACAUCUGUAGUAUGUUAGAAGCGGAAUCCCACAAUUCUUCACAGAGGUUUUCAUAAACUAUGAAGAACUGAGGUGUCUUCACUUACAAGCAAAAGAAUCAGGAUGAGUAAAAAAAUUCGGCACCUUCCUGGAAUUGCAUUUAAAGUUGGUGCUCGUGUUGAAGCUCAAGACUGUUUGCAGAAAUGGUACCCUUCACGUAUUGAGAAGAUUGAUUACAACGAAGGGAAGAUGCUUGUUCAUUUUGAUCGAUGGAGCCAUCGCUAUGAUGAAUGGAUACACUGGGAUAGCAACAGACUAAGGCCACUGAAAAGACCAAUCCUAAGGAAAAGGGGCCUUAAGGAUGAGGAAGAAACUGCAGUAGACUUUAAAUCUGGGGAAGAGGUUCUUGCUCGAUGGACUGAUUGCCGUUACUAUCCAGCAAAGGUUGAAACGCUAAAUAAGGAAGGUACCUAUACAGUGCAGUUCUAUGAUGGAGUCAUUCGAUGUGUGAAAAAAAUGCACAUUAAAUCUAUGCCUGAAGAUGCAAAGGGGCAGGAUUGGAUAGCCCUGGUAAAAGCAGCAGCAGCAGCCACCACCAAAAACAAAAUACAGUGCAAACCAAGAUCUAGUACUUACAGUAGCAAAGACAAGGAGGAGAAGAAAGGGCUGAAAGUAACACCAAAGAAAGAAGCUGAAGAAUCUACUUCAGAAGCACCCUCUCCCAAAGUGCAGACGUCAGAGGAAAAAUCUGUAUCUCCAGAAUCUUUGGUAAAAGCUGAUAUUUUAAAAGCAGAACCAAAAUCCGCCUCUGUGGUAAUGGAGACUGCAGCGUCAAAGAAGAAAAAUAGCCAGUGCAGCUCAUUCCAGGCAAAAAGAGCCCGUCUUAACAAAAUCACAGGUUUUUUGGCAUCUAAAGCUGUGGUUGCCGAUUCUUCAGAAAAGAAGAAAGGGGAGAGUAAAGUAUUUCCACUAAAUGAACAGAAGCUGCCCAAAACUGAAUGCCAAAAGCAGUCUGUUAACCUGCUUUCUUCUCCACAGUGUGAGAGAACUAAUUCAGCAAUUACAUUUUCUUCAGGAAGGUCUCGUAGUAGAAAGUCAAAAGCUGAACCCUAUAAUUCAUUUGGAAGCAAACUGAAACCUAAAUCCUUUACCACUAUAGCCUUUUCUCAGGAAGACGAGAUAAAAUUGGAGCCUCAAAUUCCUCUUUCUGAGACCGCUUCCUCUGGUCAAUCCCAGGGAGAAAAGCAUCACAGAAUGUUGAAGCCAAACCAUAGACAUCGGCGGUAUCAACGUUCAUUAGCUGUAUUGUUUGAGCCCCCUCUGGAGCAGGUGCUUACUAGUACUUCAAGCCCUACUGGAAAAAGACUUUCUAGCAACUCACACACAAAACAGGAGCCUGGAUUUUUGGAGGUAGAAACUGCUGCUACCUCACUGUCUUCACAAAAGUGUGAUAUGGUUUUACCUUUGGAUCUCAGUAAACAUUCUAAAGUUGUAAUGGCUGCAUCCCCAGUAACUCCAGUUUCAAAACAGGAAGUGGAGGGACAGAAUGAAACCAAGAUAGUGCAUCCUCCGUCCAGUUUAACAGAAAGAAAAACUGUGGUUUCUUCAGCAGCAGGUGCUGUUAUAAGGGUCGCACCGACAACAGUGAAACCAAACAGACCUAGAGAGCCUGUUAUAAAUACCAAAAAAACAGAGGACUUCACUUUCACCAAAGAAACUGUCAUAGAUCUGGAUCACAACAAAUUUAAAUGUAAAGUUCCAGGGUGCUUAAAGGCCUUCCGCAAAGCUAAACUGCUUGAUUAUCACCUGAAGUAUUACCACAGUACUAACAAAGAAACUGAACUAGAAACUGGUUCUGCUGGCAGUGCUGUACAGUCACAUGCUACCUCUAUUACUGUGCCAACAUCAACACCUGAAACCCAAGAUUCAAAGAGACUGCGCACUGUAUCAGGCUCUUCCUCACUGUCAUCUGAUAGUCAUACCAUACAAGUGGAAAUCCCUUUAACAUCAAACUUGAAGUUGUUCAAAUCCAGCAAAAAGAAAAGGUCAUCCACAUCCUUGAGCUCAGAUGGGAAUGAUGCAGAAUUAUCAGUGUUUGUGAAACAGACAAGUUUUGAAAGUCUGCAUGAGAAAAUAUUGAAGAAAGUAACUGAGAAGAACAGGGAUAUGGAAACGUGUGUUCUAAAAAGUGAAAAGAAAAUUAAGCUGGAAGAAAAAUGCCCUUCAUCUGGUAAGAAAGUAGCAGUUUUUAAUGUGUUGAUUCAAGCCACAGUAGAGUGUUGCCAGUUUCCUACUUUGGCAUCUUUAGCUUCUGCUGAUCUUUUCUUUACCUCACUUUGCAUGGAGACGGCUGACAAUAAUGAGAUAAUUGAACUGGAUCACACCCCUCCUUCAGAGCACACUGCUUUGAAGACUAAGGUAGAUACUUUUGUGAACAAUUUUACUAAGAAAACAUUGUUAUCUGCUGUUCCUGAGGAUGUAAGAGGUGAAGACCAUACUGUGGAUGUUAUUCUGUUCGAGUCAUUUACUCAGCUUAGAAAAGGAAUUAUUCAAAUUGAAGCAACACAAGAGACUGUGAACAAUACAGUACAAGACAGGGAGAAUGGUGUCUUGUUCAGUUCUGUCUCCUUGCCUUUAGCAGCUAACCAGAGUGUUGUUUCUCGAGUGAGUGAAGCAUUGGUGUAUGUUGUUGCAUACACACAAGACGUUGCAGUGAAGGAACCAGUGGCUAGGAGAAAGACAGUGCAAGUUGUAGCACAAGUUCACAAGUUCAUAAUGCAGCUGAAGGAACAACAGAAUCUUAAUUCUACUGAAAAGCAAGGCAUGGUCCAUUCUGCCAACAGUGAUUUUUUAGAGAACAGACGUGUGCAGCCUUUGAAUUUCCUGCUACCUAUAAGAGAACAAAAUCUACCUGCCUUGAAACAGAGCAGAGGUCGCAGCAGGAGCAGGAACAAGAGGAAGCACUAUGGGUUGAACGAGAGCCCAUACAAUAUAAAGAAAACUUUUUUUCAACCAAAGAAAGACUUAAUGUGGAGUUUAUCCAGCCAUGUUUUGUCUCAAGAUGAGUUUAAUUUGUUACAGAGAAGGAUUCUUUCAUACCCACUGGGACAAAAGUCUUAUAAUCUAACAAAAGCAGAGCAUGAAGCGUUACUGAAUUUACAGGAGAAUGACACAAUAGUCAUCAGGCCUGCCGAUAAGGGAGGGCCUAUAGUCAUUAUGGAUAAAAAUAAAUAUGAUUUCACUGUGUCGCACAUGCUGAAGGAAGAUGUUAUUUAUGAGAAACUGCCCCCUGUUAGGGUUAAGCUGUUCAUAGAAAAAGUGCUUAAGCAAUUAAAAGAUAUGCUUUUGAAUGGCAAAAAGAAAGAAAAGGACAAAGAGAGGAAGGAGAAGAAAGAUGAAGCCCAUUUUAAAGUAAAACAGAAGAAAAAGAAAAAGAAAAAAAAGAAAUCUAAGCAACAUGAUUAUUUGAAAUAUGAUGAAAAUUCAUUGGACUUUCUGGACAAAUGUUCUCACCCACAAUCUUUGGGAAAUUCUGUAGUUCACAGAAAUAUAUUUCAAAUGAAAAACUCAUCUUGCCAGUAUCCAAGGGCUAUUCUGUCUGUGGACCUCACUGGAGAAAAUCUUUCAGAUGUGGAGUUUUUGGAUGAUUCUUCCACUGAAAGUUUGCUGUUGAGUGGUGAUGAAUACAAUCAAGACUUUGAUUCGGCAAAUUUGGAAGACUCUCAGGGUGAGGAGAAUACCACACAUGAAAUCGUUCGUUGUGUAUGUGAUAUGGAUGAAGAAAAUGGUUUCAUGAUUCAGUGUGAAGAGUGCCUUUGUUGGCAGCAUAGCACAUGCAUGGGAUUGUUAGAAGAAACCAUUCCAGAACGCUAUGUCUGCUAUAUCUGCAGGGACCCAACAGGUCAGAGGUGGAGUGCAAAAUACAGAUUUGAUAAAGACUGGCUGAAUAAGGGGCACUUAUAUGGAUUAUCAUUUCUAAAUGAAAACUACUCUCAUCAGAACGCUAAAAAAAUUAUUGCAACUCAUCAUUUACUGGCUGAUGUAUAUAGUGCAGCAGAAAUACUUCACAGCCUGAAGCUCAAGAUUGGAAUACUGCAAAGCAAGCAGCACUCUGAUCUUCACUUCUGGGCAUGCUCAGGGUUACAAACUGAGGAAGCCAGCGUAAGACUGGGUAUAGGUAAAGGCCUUUUGACUUUUCAGGAGAAAGUGAACUGUCCUGAAUACAAUGACAGCUACAAGGUGCAAUUCAAUCCAGUUCUGAAGGCUGAAAACAACUAUAUUACAAGUGAACAUAGUUAUCAAAAGCCUCAUGUUUACACUCAGGAUCACAGACCUUUCAUAGACCCUGCAUCCUCUGAUGAUGAAGAUGACUCUAGCAGCUUGGAUGAUGAACAUGGAAUUUAUUUUCAUGCCAGCAAAAGACAACAAGAACUGCACAGUGUAAAACAAAGGCAUUUGACAGAACAGGAUGCUGCCAAAGGACUACCUCUCACAAGUGACAAUAACUAUGAAAGAAUUCAAGUUGAAAAACAAGGAGACUCCUAUUUGCAGUGGCAAUUAAAUCUACUUACCCACAUUGAAAAUGUACAGAAUGAAGUAACCACAAGAAUAGAACUUAUUGAGAAAGAAGUUGAUGUUUUAGAAAGCUGGUUAGAUUUCACUGGAGAGCUGGAACCCCCAGAACCACUGGCAAGGCUUCCACAACUAAAACGUCGAAUCAAACAGCUUCUGGCAGAUUUGGGAAAGGUGCAGCAAAUGGCUACUUUAUGCCCAGUGUGAGAAAAGCAAUUAAUUUGAUGCAAGAAAAAAUAAACCCUUCAGAGGAGCUUGAGUGAUGUACUCAUCUGAACACCAUCUCUGGAAGAAAAACUCUUCAGAUAAAUGCCAUGAAAAUUUGUUGGCAUAUGUCAUGAGGUUAGCAAAAGUGUACCUUGUGAACUGUCUUUUGUCAUUUGGAUGGGAAGUUUUGCUGUCAGUACUCAAAACCAGAUACAGAAUCCUCAUAUUCUGGAACAGGAUAACAAGUGCAGCCUGGAAGAGUUAGUUCUGUAAUGGCUUAAAAUAGUAUCUCAGUUAUAUGAGAUGUAUUACUAUACAUGCAGACAAGAACAAUAUACUUAUUUUCUUUGCUAGCAGUUACACUCUUGUGCCCAUUCAUGUUGCUGUUAUCAGCAUAAUUUUCAGGAGUCUGUACAGAUCAACUCUCAGCCUAGAGAGAGCUAAAGAAGCUAAGCCAUAGGUAAGUAUAUACUGGGGUCAGAAGAAUUGCAGUUGCUGCUUGUGUACAGAAUUUCCUGUUUGCCUUUUUCGUCUGAAGGAUGGUGUGCCUGUUGGUUAUGGGUUUUAGUUAUUCUAAAAGUCCCAAAGCCCACAUUUUUAAUAUCAGUAUUUUCUUGUACGUGGCACUUCAUGCAACUGAGUUGUGUAAAAGAACACACUAUAUAUUUUUUUUUAUUUCAGAUUUGUUGGUGUUGCAGUUUAAAAAAAAAAAAAAACUUCAGAAAUAUUUCUGUUAACAUUUAAAAUACAAGUCUUUCAUUUUGUAACCUUUCAGUCCCUCACUGGUGUUGACUUUUGUAUAAAUGUGCCAAAUUUUAAAACCUCCAGAUGUUAACAUUUGAGCACUAUACAGCUUGUGUGAAACCAUACAUAGUGGACCACUAUGCUCCGUGCCAUUUUUUGGACGCUCUCCUUUCUUUGUUUGUUUACUUUAUUUGCGUGUGGUGCUCAGUGACUUAUGCACAAUGCCCUUAACCUUUUGUUGUUUAGCACUGUUGUACUUAACAGAUUCACAGUUUCAGAAAGGAGCCUUAAAAGGUACGCUUAGUUUUCAUUCUUCUUCUUGCAGUUUACAAUGUUAAGAAACAUCUGGCUUGGUGAGACCUUUUGUCUGACCAGAAGAGUGGUGUGAGAGAGAAAGUAUAAUACUGAGCAGGUACAAUUCUGCUAAACUACAGAAAAGGAAACGCGGUAAAGGAGCUAUUUCAGUGCAGUCAAGCUUUCUGCUUUGGCUGUUAAUAGAUUCCUUCACAACAAGCACUCAUGGAUUUAGGACUGCACCAGUUCUAACGUAUGUACAUGUUUGUACAUAGGGUUAGCUAUUAAACGGCAGCUUCUCAACAGCUGUUAGUUAAAACAUGCUACCUUUUAAAAUAGUUUCCAAAAUGGAAAGUAAUAUAUGUACAGAUUUUUUUAACAUUGUAAAAAGACUGUUAGAGACAUGAGGCUAUUUAACUGAAACCAUUGCUUUACAGUACUUGAAACAUUCAUGCCUCGGCUGUUUAGCAGUUCUUGGUAUCUGUAUAAACAUGUUUUAGAACUGGCAGACAGCAGAACAUGAAUUUGCCUUUGAUACCAGUGUAUGUCACUGUACAUUUGAAAAAUUAUUUAAAUAUACAUAAUUUGAAAACACACUGUUCUAUAUGUAAUGUACUGUAUGUAAGAUUGUUUAUUAAAGCUAUUCUGUAUACACUCA